ACACUUGCCGCGGUGGCUUCUGGGGGGGAGCAGGAAGUGGUGGUCAGAAACAGUGUCCAAAAUGUCCGCCUUCGGUCUGACGUCCUUGAGCCGCUGUGGGGUUUUGGCGUUCCGUUCCCCCGCCGGUCUGGUGGCUGUUCGGUACGCCCAAACUGCUGCAGCUCCGGCAAAACAGCCUAGGAUAAAGAAAUUCCAGGUGUACCGCUGGGACCCAGACACCCCAGGAGACAAGCCCCGGAUGCAGACCUUUGAGAUCGACCUCAACACUUGUGGCCCAAUGGUUCUUGAUGCCCUCAUAAAGAUUAAGAAUGAGAUGGACUCUACUUUAACCUUUCGCCGCUCCUGCAGAGAAGGUAUUUGUGGAUCCUGUGCUAUGAACAUCAAUGGGGGCAACACACUCGCCUGUCUCAAUAAGAUUGAUACCAACACUAGCAAGCCAUCUAAGAUCUACCCCCUACCCCACAUGUAUGUGGUCAAAGAUCUAGUACCUGAUAUGAGUAACUUCUAUGCCCAGUACAAGUCCAUUGAGCCCUACCUGAAGAAGAAGGAUGAGUCCAAAGAGGGAAAGGAGCAGUACCUGCAGUCCGUGGAGGACAGACAAAAACUGGACGGGCUUUAUGAAUGUAUCCUGUGCGCCUGCUGUAGUACUAGCUGUCCCAGCUACUGGUGGAAUGGGGACAAAUAUCUUGGACCUGCUGUCCUUAUGCAGGCCUACCGCUGGAUGAUUGAUUCACGGGACGACUUCACAGAGGAGCGCCUGGCCAAGCUGCAGGAUCCGUUCUCCCUUUACCGCUGUCACACUAUCAUGAACUGCACCAAGACCUGCCCCAAGGGGCUGAACCCGGGAAAGGCUAUAGCAGAGAUUAAGAAGAUGAUGGCCACUUACAAGGAAAAGAGAACUGCUACUGCUUGAACCCUCAGUCUAGACUCUUCACAAACUUUCCUCUGUCUCAUCUUUCAGUUAAAAUACUUAGCAUGUGCCGGUGACCUCUUUUACAUAGACAUUCAGACAUGGGAGACAGCUGCUGAAGAUGUGAGCACAGUGGUUGAAGUAUUGGGGGCUCUAUGUGGGGCCCAUGCUAACGCACAUUUGUAUGUAUGAUCGGGAGAGUGUGUCAGAGUCAGGGACUAUAUAUUGUAGAUAUUUACCGAUGACUCUGAUGUAUUUGUACAUUUGUGAGAUAUGAUGUUCUAGAUGGUGAUCAGAGCGAGUCAUUCUCUGGUUCAUCCCUAUUUCUUUCAGAUUUUACCCUUUGCGUGUAUUGCCUCAGCGAAUUAUUCGUUCACACAAAACUGUAUUUGAUUCUUCACCAAACCAAAAACAGUAUCUAUUUACAUGUAUAAUAAACAGUUAUUAUGCAUUGUUUUCCA